AUGGCGAAUGUUAUUAGCCCGUUAGAAGAAGCUGCUAAAUCCGGAGACAUAAACCGUCUCUACGCGCUAAUUGAAGCAAAUCCAUAUAUUCUAGAAGACGUGGAUGCCAUACCCUUUGUUGAGACUCCUCUGCAUACAGCUGCAUCUGCUGGCCACAUCCACUUUGCUACUGAGAUUAUGAGAUUGAAACCUUCAUUUGCUUUGAAGCUAGACACGCAUGGCCUCAGCCCCGUCCACCUUGCCAUUCAAAAAGGCCAUGGCCAACUGGUUCGUCGCCUCGUGGACAUCAACAACGACCUCGUCCGAGUCAAAGGAAGAGAAGGCAUUACUCCUCUUCAUACAAUUGUAAGUCAAAAGGGAGAAGCUCAAGUUUUGGCCUAUUUUCUCGAGGUUUGUCCUGACUCCAUUGAGGAUGUGACUGUGAGAAUGGAGACUGCGCUUCAUGUUGCGGUGAAACAUCAACAGUUGGAGGCUCUGCAAGUGCUCAUUGGUUGGCUCAGGACAAAUACUCGCAGAGGUGCUGCAACCUUGGAACGCUCUAUCUUGAACUGGAAAGACGAGGGAGGCAACACCAUCUUACAUCUUUCAGCUCUCAAUCAUGACAUACAAGCUCUGAAUUUGUUGAUAAAGUGUAAAAGGAUGAAUUUAAACAGCAAGAACUCAGAAAACAGAACAGCUUUAGACAGAGCUUGUAGCACAGAGAUGGAGAGAGAAUUAGAGAAGGUUGGAGCAAAACGCGGUUCAUCGGUUAAAGAUGAUCCCACCCUUGCAACUCAACUCAAACUAAACAUCACACUUCACCGAAGAAUAAUUAUCCGUGUAAAACGCACUAGACACAAUAUCUCAGAUAUACAGCGCGAAUCUUACUUGGUAGUUGCAGCUCUGCUUCUAACCGGAAUCUACCAAACUGUACUUAGUCCUCCGGCCGGAAAAUCUGUCCUGUCAGCCAGUGGUUUUGUUGCCAUAUUAGCCAUUAACACGCUCGUGCUUUUGGUCACAACACUUACGAUUCUUACACUAAUACUCAGCAGUUCCGUUGGGUUUCUGUUGCUUGGGCCAAUUUUUUCCUUUGCCUUCAGCUAUCUUUAUUCUAUGCAGCUGAUAUCGCCAACAACUGGAGGUAGACACAUAGCUACGGUUACGAUGGUUGUUUAUGUUGUUAUUUAUUGCUUGGUAGCCAUUGAAAUGAUGAUGAACUUACCUUCAGCAUCUUCGUUGACUUUGAAGGCGAAAAGAUUCUAUGCAGACUUAAAGUUAGAACUACACAAGUUUAUAGUUUGA